ACUUCCGGCGAGCCUCCGCUCCCAGGACGCUCAGCAGCGGUGCUUACUCCCUUCCCAGCAGCCCUCGCGCACCGCUGGGUUUUGCGGACAGCGGGACUGCAAGAUGGCGUCAAUCGUGCCACUGAAGGAGAAGAAGCUCAUGGAGGUUAAACUUGGAGAGUUGCCAAGCUGGAUCUUGAUGCGGAAUUUCACCCCCAGUGGCAUUGUGGGAGCCUUCCAGAGAGGCUGUGGUGGCACAAAAAGGCCAGUGGUAGACCUCAUGAGACUUUCCCGGCUCUUUUCUGGUCCCUACCCCAUAGGACUGUCUGUUCUUCAACACUUGGAUCUUCUUGGCUCUACCCGAUGGACAGGAAGCAAGGAGGGACUUGCACAGCUGAGGGCGGCAUGGCCACAUUGGCAGGUGUCAACGGCCUUCUGCAGCUCUUUCUCCCACCUGUCCCUGGGGCAAGGGAGCCAGAACAUGAGCAGCCUGUGCUCUGACUCCAGUGAGCUCGGCACUGUGGCUCCUCAGGAGGAAGAGGAUGACGAAGAGAGCUUUGGGACCCUGUCUGACAAGUACUCCUCCCGGAGACUCUUCCACAAAUCCACAGCUCAGCUGUAUAACCUGCAGCUCAAGGAGCAGGGUGAUGAGGAGGAAGAAUUGGAGCCCAAACCAUGGCAGGGCCGGAGGAAUACUCCCUACUGGUACUUCUUCCAGUGCAAACGUCUGAUCAAGGAAGGAAAGCUGGCAGAGGCCCUGGAUCUGUUUGAGAGGCAGAUGCUGAAGGAGGAGCGCUUGCAGCCUCUGGAGUGCAACUAUACGGUGCUGAUUGGGGGCUGUGGGCGCGCCGGCUACCUGAAGAAGGCCUUCAGGCUCUAUAAUGAUAUGAAGAAGAGAGAUCUGGAGCCCUCGGACGCCACAUACACAGCUCUAUUCAAUGUCUGUGCGGAGUCCCCCUGGAAGGACUCUGCCCUGCAGAGUGCACUGAAGCUCCGACAGCAGCUCCGGGCCAGAAACUUGCAGCUCAACCUGAAAACAUAUCAUGCCCUGCUGAAGGUGGCUGCCAAGUGUGCAGACCUCAAGAUGUGCCUUGAUGUCUUCAAGGAAAUCAUCCACAAGGGGCAUGCUGUCACAGAGGAGACCUUCUGUUUCCUGCUCAUGGGCUGCAUCCAGGACAAGAAGUCAGGCUUCCGGCAAGCUGUACAGGUGUGGCGACAGAUGCUGAGUCUGGGGAUCAAACCAACUAGGCAUGGCUACAACCUCUUGUUGGGGGCAGCUCGAGACUGUGGUCUAGGGGACCCAGAGGUUGCCUCCAGGCUGCUUCUGAAGCCUCAGGGGGAGACCAUCCUGCUUCAGCCCCCAGCGGGCAGGCCUCAGGCAGGGAGGAAAGGCCAGACCAAGGCAAAGGACGGUGUGUCAUUUAGACAUGUGGAGGCAUUGGAGAGGCAAUUGUUUCUGAAACCUCAGGAACUUGAGAGGCCUCCAGACUUCCCUGAGACUGUGUUAACAAGCGGGUCCCAGCCUGAGGCAGAAACUAAGGCAGAAGAACCUGGCCACAUAGCAGCCCACACCCCACUGGCCCUGAAGCCUCCCCCCUUGGAGUUGGAAGUCAAUAUCCUGAGUCUUGGGACUCUCUCCCCUACUGUAAUCUCCUUUGGGACAGUGGCCACACCUGCUGAUAGGCUGGCCUUGAUAGGGGGCCUGGAGGGCUUCCUGGGCAAAAUGGCAGAACACGGGCUCCAGCCAGACAUCAAAACCCUCACUCUACUGGCUGAGGUGGUGGAACCUGGGAGCCCUGCAGAGUCCUCACUGCUGACCAUCCUGGAUAGGUAUGAGGUAGAGGCCGAUGUGACCUUCUUCAACACACUGAUUAGGAAGAAGACCAAGCUGGGAGACCUGGAGGGAGCGAAGGCGCUGUUGCCAAUCCUGGCAAAGAAGGGAAUUGUUCCCAAUCUGCGGACUUUCUGCAACCUGGCCAUUGGGUGCCGUAAGCCCAAGGAUGGUAUGCAGCUGCUUGCAGACAUGAAGAAAUCCCAGAUGGCCCCUAAUACCCACAUCUAUAGCACUCUCAUCAAUGCGGCCCUCAAGAAGCUGGACUAUGCCUAUCUCAUUGAUAUCCUGAAGGACAUGAGGCGGAACAGUGUCCCAGUGAAUGAAGUCAUCAUCCGUCAGCUAGAGUUUGCUGCUGAGUACCCUCCCACCUUUGACCGGUACAAGGGGAAAAACGUCUACUUGGAGAAGAUCGAUGGCUUUCGAGCUUAUUACAAGCAGUGGCUGAAAGUGAUGCCAGCAGAGGAAGCCCCACACCCUUGGCAGGAGUUCCAGACCAAGCCUAAGGGGAACCAAGACACCACUGGGAAUGCUGGUAUCAGUGGAGACCUUAGGGACAGGUGAUGAAGUGUACUGCUAUGACAAGUACCCAGCUUUCACAGUGCUGGUAUCACCUUCCUAGGGCACAGCAGCAAUUUUCAGACACAGGUGUGAGGACAAAUGCUGGGCCUGGGCUGCCCUCCCCAUCAUUGGUGAGAAAAUUUUAUGCUCUGGGUCAUACAGUGUCUAUGACAUUUAGCCUGCUGCUCUUAAAGAAUGAAUAUAGCCAAGAGGUCUAAAGGUUUUAUUUUUACAGAUUUCAGCUAGUGAAGCCUUCACUUGUAGAGCCCAUGUUCCCUCUGGGUCUCUUCUCUGGGCACCACUCUGAGAAGAGCUGCUCCAGGAGGGGGGUAGCCCAAUAAGGCAGGAGCCAACAAGGUCCAAAGUCCAGAAUGUAGAGGAGUCAAAGGUGUCAGCCAGAGCAACCCCGGCAACCACAGUGCGUGCACUCAAUGAUGCGACCCUGUAACAGAAGAUGGAGACAUUUGUAUGCAGUGCUACAGCCCUGCACAUACCUAUGGGAACCUGCUGUACAGGUGCUGCUGGAACACUCCCUGCAGGACAUCUUUACCAGAGCUCCAUUUGGGUAUUUUAGCUCUUUUGUGAAAAUGGAAACAGCUGCUACCAGCCCAAAGUUACAUUAAGACAAGACACACCAGCCAGCCUUGUUUUGUAUUCUGAAACAGGGUUUCUCUGUUUAACAGUCCUGGCUGGCCUUGAACUUAAGGAGAUCCAGCUGCCUCUUCCCCAGUGCUAAAAUUAAAGUUGUGUGACCACCUAACUUAAGCCAGCCUUUUUAUUUUCCUGGUCAGCCUGCUACUGCCUAGGGGGGGCUGAGUUCUUGAGGACACUGGGAGAAAAGGUGUACACUUCCUAUGGCCAGAACUAUCCCAAGGGCAUAGUGGCUGGCUGUGGGACUGGAGCAAUGCUAUCUUUCUUUUCUGGAGAAUAAGAGUUAAUUUUAAGCAAAUAAAGUUCUCUGGUAAAGUUCUGCUAAAUCUUUGAGACACGGUCUCAUGAAGGAUGACCUUAAAUUUCUGGCCCUGCAAACAGCUGCUAAGUGCUAAUACACAGAUGUGGACUACCGCAUCUGGUUCUACGGGGCACUAGAGAUGGAACCGGGGCUUCAUGCAUACCAGGUAGCCAUCUACCUACUGAGCAACAAUCUAGAGGCUGGAACACUUAAGAGCCUCGUCUUGGGAAGCAGCCAUCAAUCAGUAGCCAUGGCUUGGCACAUCUAUACCAGAGUCCAUCCUUGGCACAGAGGACAGAGCUGCCUACUGAGUUGAGGCCAUCUGCACCAAAUAAAAACUGGAAAUUAA